CAGACACCAUCUCUAAAUAAAAUCAAGAACCUGGAAAUACCUCUUCACCAUCAUCUGUGCUCAUAACUCGAGAGCUUCGCUCAGUGAUCAGGUUUGGGUGGCGAGCUUCUGUACGAUUUUGAGAUAGUGAAUGACUAUGGAGUCCAAAUUCACUGAACUCACUUAUUCUGUUGACGAUGUCCAGGCUGACAGCCUCACUGACUCAGCCAACCCAGAUCAUUUCCCGUAUCUCUCAGAUGGGUUCAACGCAAAUGAACUUUAUGUUGAUUUCCACUCCUCAGAGAUUGACUCUCUCUUGCAUGAGCAGGAACCCACAAAUCAUGUACCAAUUGUUCCCAUCAUCCUUGAUGGAGAACUGAAUCGGCCAUCCACGGAGGUGAGCCCCGAUGGAGGCUUGCCCUUAGAGAUUAACUCUCUCCUGCAUGAGCAGGAACCCACAAAUCAUGUACCAAUUGUUCCCAUCAUCCUUGAUGGAGAACUGAAUUGGCCAUCCACAGAGGGGAGCACCGAUGGAGGCUUGCUAAACAACUCCACAAGCUUCAGUGACGUACCAAAUCUGGGGGGAGAAUCUCUCUCCCUCUCAGAUUACAGCGACUCACCAGAUCCUGUUCUCAAAUACAUAAGUCAGAUACUUAUGGAAGAGGACAUGGAGGAGCGGCCCUGGAUAAUACCUGAUAUGCUAGCUCUGCGACAGACCGAGAAAUCUUUGUAUGACACACUUGGCAAGGAAUAUCCCAAUUCACCGGAGCAAAACAUAGAAUUCAAUGCCAAUCAAUUCAUCAACGGCACAAGCAACAACUCUCGUGGAAGUAGCCGUGAGCAGGGUAGUAAUGGCACUAGCCAUUCUUUUGAUCCGGAUUUACCAGAUGAUCCCGAAGAAACUCAAUAUUAUGCUUCCCUUCGGGCCCCUAAUCCUCGUGAAGUUGUUGCACAGUGGACCGUGGAUCCCAUUUCUCAUUUCUACAUGAAUACUUCCAGCGGCUUGCCUGAUUACUGGGAUGAAUUUGGUGACACCUUCCCAAGUGAGCUUCUACUUAGGAGGACAUUGAGCAACAGUCAAUGGCAGUUUAACAGAGGGUCUGAGGAGGCAAGAAAGUUCCUUUCUGCGAGCGUCCCUUUGACAGUGGAUCAGGAGAACUAUAAUUUGGCUCAUAAGAUUGGAAACACUGAAGCUAAUUGCAUCGAUGAGGAGGAGAAUAUGAGGAAUCACCUAAAGAAUGAAUCGAGGGGGAGAAAGAAUCACUAUAGGGACGAUGUGACUUUUGAAGAAGGGCGGGCCAACAAGCAAUCUGCAUUAUAUAAGGAAGAUUGUGAGCUCUCGGAAAUGUUUGAUAAGGUGUUGCUCACUGACAAUACGGGGGGGCUUCUAUCAUUAGAGUGCACAUCUGAGAAGACAAGCCAAAGCAAAGACCUGCCUGGUCCUAAUUGUAGAAGGGGCAGUCGUCAGAAGAAGAGCACAGCGGACUUAAGGAGUCUUUUGGUUCUCUGCGCACAAGCUGUUUCAGCUAGUGACUUCAAAACAGCUCAUGAACUACUAAAGCAAAUUAGACACGAUUCUUCCCCAUCUGGGGAUGGAUCUCAAAGAUUAGCUCAUUACUUUGCCAAAGGGCUGGAAGCACGCCUAGCAGUCAGUAUUGACCGAAAUCAGGCUCAAGGUUGUUACUGUCGUUUUGAGCUCUUUAGAACGAUAGCCGAUGAGCUGAAAGCAUGCCAACUCCAUCUUUCAGCCUGUCCAUUUAUGAAAUUCCAAAUCAUCUUUGCAAAAUUCAUGAUUCUGAAAUUUGCAGCUGCAGCAAAGGUGCUUCAUAUAAUAGACUUUGGUAUUAAUUUUGGUUUUCAAUGGCCACUACUUAUCCAGGAGCUCUCGAAGAGAACUGAAGGAGCUCCUAAGCUGCGAAUCACAGGAAUAGAUCUUCCACAAUCUGGAUUUCGACCAGCCGAAAAAAUUGAGGAGACAGGUCGUCGUUUGGCCAACUAUUGUGAGCGCUUUAAUGUUCCCUUUGAGUUCCAUGCAGUAGCAUCAGGGAGCUGGGAAUGUAUCAGGAUUGAGGAUCUCAAGAUUCGAAGUGGCGAGAUGGUUGCUGUGAAUUGUCUUUCUCGGCUUAAAUAUCUUUAUGAUGAGACAGUUGAGGAGAACUGCCAGCGCGAUGCUGUCUUAAGGCUGAUCAGGAGUAUGAAACCGAAUGUCUUUGUUCAUGGUAUAAAUAACGGGUCCUAUAACAUGCCCUUUUUCUUAACUAGAUUCCGCGAGGCUCUUUUUCACAUCUCCGCAGUGUAUGAUAUGUUUGAUGCUACUGUGGCUGGUGACAAUGAACAGAGGUUGGUUUUGGAGAGAGAGUUAUAUGGACGAGAGAUUAUGAAUGUUGUGGCAUGUGAAGGUUUACAUAGGGUUGAGAGGCCCGAAACAUAUAGGCAGUGGCAAGUUCGUCUCACUAGGGCAGGUUUCAAGCAGCUUCCUCUUGAUCAGGAGCUCAUGAAGAAGGCUAGGGCAAAGUUGAGGAAAUGUUACCACAAAGAUUUUGGGCUUGACGAAGAAAGCAACUGGAUGCUGCUUGGUUGGAAGGGCCGAAUAAUAUCUGGUUCCACAUGUUGGGAAUCCACAUAGAUCAUAUGAAGCAGCAAAUACACUUUUAUGAAAUGUGUUGAGCAGGAGCAGGAUCUCAAUUAAAUAAAGGGGACGCAUUGUGUGGAAGACAAGUAUACUGAUGGUCAAUAGGGUUUGGUUUUCUGUGAAGUGCAGUGCCAAGUUAAGAAUGUUAGUAUCUUGCUGAGGCAGGGGACCUCUGCUUCUUACUUGAAAGAUAAUGGAUGCAAACCAGAAUUGUGUUAUAUCUAUGGUUGCGGCUCAGUAUCCAGGACUUGCUUAUGGUUUUGGCGAGAUAGCUGGCAAUUCUUGCUUUACUACUCUAAAUGUGUGGAAUUCUCUUAGCUUUUCUGUAGCGGUUAUGCUGGUUUUAUUAUUCUAUAGUCCAUGCUUGUUUGUUCUUACUUUAGUCAUUUUGAUUUCUAGUUUGAUGUAAUUGGAACUAUUUUGUAGUUUAGUGUAAUUUUAGUUCUUCAUCUUUACUUUA